CAUGUAACGAGGUGAAUAGUGAAAAGAGAUGAGAGUUCCAUUCCCAAAACGUUAUCCUGUUUGGGUUCAUGGUCAUAAUCCCAUUCACAUGAGAUGGUCAUAAUUUGCACUUCACAUUCCAACUCUCGCUGAAUGAGCCCCCAUGCCUUUGAUUGAGAUAACAAAUGCACAUUCACUGUUGCCUUAUCAUCGUCAUGUCAAAUAUUCAUGGAUUUCCUUUGCCUCUCCUAAUUAUUACCAUUGUAAAUCCUUCUCCAACCUUCAAAACCUCAACUUCAAUCUUCCACUUGUUAGGUUCCCUUUCCUCAUUCAGGCCGUUGCCGCUACCAUUCAACCUAACACUUUCUCACACAAAUUUGAUGAUGAUGAUGAUGAUGAUGAUGACGACAUUGCUGCUCUAAAUCCUUAUCCUCCUAUGCUUGAACAACCUCUUGAUGAAAGGGAGAAGUUGCGAAGAUUCAGGAUUUCUAAAGCUAAUAAAGGUAACACGCCAUGGAACAAAGGAAGAAAGCAUAGUCCUGAAACUUUGCGGAAGAUCAGGGAAAGAACACGCAUCGCAAUGCAGAAUCCUAAGGUCAAAAUGAAGUUGACUAAUCUUGGCCAUGCACAAACUACAGAAACAAAACUAAAGAUUGGUGCUGGUGUGAGGAAGCUAUGGGAACAGAGGCGUGGAAAGAAGAUGGUGCAGGAGAGUUGCUGCUUUGAGUGGCAGAAUUUAAUUGCAGAUGCAUCUAAGCAAGGCUUUGCUGGUCAGGAAGAGCUGCAAUGGAAUUCCUAUGAAACCUUAGAUGAGCAGCUUAAGCAGGAGUGGUUGGUGAGUGUUGAACAAAGGAAACAAAUGGUAAGGGCACCAGUUAGCAAUAGAGCACCCAAGUCCCCUGAACAGAGAAGGAAAAUUGCAGAAGCCAUUGCUGCAAAAUGGGCCGAUCCUGAUUACCGUGAAAGAGUUUGCUCUGCAUUGGCCAAGUAUCAUUCUACAGAAAGGAAACCUAGAACAAGGCCAAGUUAUGCUGCACAACCUGCCAAGAAGAAGAAACCCAUUACAAAAAGGGAUUCUGAUACUAGCAUUCUUGGUAAGAGUGCCUCCAAAAUUCUUAAGCCUAUCCAGUUGAGAAAACGAAAAUCCCCUGCCUAUAGGGAUCCUUUGGUGAAUUCCAAGCUUGAGAUGAUAAAGAACAUAAGAGCACAGAGAGCUUCCGUGGAAACCAGACAAACUCAAGCCAUUCAACAAGCAAGACUAUUGAUUGCGGAAGCUGAGAAAGCUGCCAAGGCACUUGAGGUUGCUGCGACAAAGAGUCCCAUUGCACAGUCUUCUCUAAUAGAAACCAGAAAGCUUAUAGCAGAAGCAAUCCAAUCACUUGAAUCCAUUGAUACACAGAGGAUAGCUGAGUGUAGUGUUCCUGUGGUUAGUUUGAACGAGACCAACAAGGAAAAUGAAUCAACAUUUGAAUUUCGUAACCAUCCACAAAUGGCCCAAGUAAAUGGACAUACAACAUUAUCAUCAAGUGACUGCAAGUUCUCUGAAGCUAUUGGUGAACUUUCCCUGGAGAGGCCAAUUAAUGGUAAUCCAGAACUUCACCUAACCAAUGGCCGUUCCUUAACUUUCAGUUUGAAUAGCCAGAUAAACCAAUAUAGCCCAUCAAAUCAAGAAAGGGAAACAGAACAGGAUCAGAGCAGCGAAGAUGAAACAGAUCAUUCUCCAACUGUGAUGGGAAUGCAGUCCCUUGAAGAUGAAACACUAUCUAGAUCCCCUAUAGUAACUAAAAAGUGGGUUCGCGGAAGGCUUGUUGAAGUGACGGAAGAGAAAAGAUAAAAUGUGAAAAGCUUAGCCCAGAUUUAAAACAUUAUACAAAAACAAUGUCAUAUUGUUUGCUGCAUGUUAUAUAGAUCGCCAUAAAUGCCACAUAUUUUCCUUUAUAACAGUGUGAUCAUUGCAACGCACUCAUCCAAAUCAAUAGUUGACUGGUAUCGACCCUGCAACAGCCAACCAAGUGUAGGCAGACGACAGAUCACAGAUGGAGACUAAAAUAGCGUUAGCUAGAGAGAAUGUACUUAUGUUAGUUUAUAGGAUCUUCUAUUUCAGUCGAUCUUGUUAACAUUAAACUACGACUACGAGUUAAUCACAUUUCAGAAAUGUUUUAUAUCAAUGUCUUUAUUUAUUUUUUCA